GAUUGUUUGUCUGUCGCAACGAGUCAAACCUUCAAGGCAUGUAAACGGGACAGAACUAGGGAUGAAACCUCUUCAGGCCGUAGUCAUACCAGUUAUGAGACCGAUACCAGCCCGUUCGCAGAAGCGGAUAUUCCAAAUGCGACCUAGCGCAUGAGACACCCACCGUGUUCGAAACCAAGCGGGAACCAAACUAGUCCUGUUCCGGGCAAGCAUGCCCUGGCAACUCGAAUAGACUUUGACGCCUUACCUGAUCAGGAGUUCUCCCAGCGCGGCAUGCGCUGCACCAAGCCCUGGAGGUCCGCCUCUGGUGGCUCUCGUGCCCUGGUGGCUGGUGGCGGACCGGUGGCUUGCUGUUUGGGUUCACGGGCGGGUCUGAUCCAUGGCUGAGGCCUGGUCCUGGGCCCGCACUUGCGGCUGGAUUUGCUCUUUUCAACCCUUUGGCGCCGUAAUUAAUCUGCGUCAGACCCUGUACCAAGAUUACGCUCUUGCCCUUUUCAAGAAGGGGCUGGCGCAACCCGGAAAAAUCUCCCCUUUGGCCCAAACGGGCGGUGUUGGAGACGGAGCAACCUUGCGCGCGGACACCAGAUAUUAUUGGAGGCAGCACACCCGGAGAGCUGCAACAAAGCUCCUGUCCUCUUCCCCCUGGCAGUCGACUACCUGUGUGGCAUGAUGCGAACAGUAGUGAUUGCGAGAUUGGAAACAUCUGGCACUUUGAGUACGGAGUAGUUCCUCAGCCUUGCCCGGCGACCUCUUCAGCUCCCGCGUCAUCAGCAUCAGCAUUCGCUUCGAAGAGAACCAGGAGCGAAACAGAAGUGAUUGGGGAGAUAAACUGGCUGUUAUCAGCUGAAUCUUCCGUUCUCUUCCAUCUUUUCCAUUUCCCUCUCCCUCCCCGCUACUUGCUCGUUAUCGUUCUCCAUCGCGACCCAGCAUCGAGCUUCGCUACGUUUUCUUGCCUCUUUCGGUUAAACCGGGGGCCUCAUCCAACCCCCGCUUACUCCCAGUCACCUACAGGUGGUCAUUUUUAUGUUCCCUCACUUCUAUCCCUCGGGGCUUUGCUACGUUUGCCGUUAGCAUAAUAUUCCGAAUUUGUUCAAACUUCCAGGAACAAUGCUGUAUUGCGACAGCUAACCAUAAUACUACCUCUCCAGUACUCAGGCCAAAUGGCUCAUGUUUGUGUGGCUGCGAAGUCGGAUUCCAUACCUUAGCCAAUCCUUAUAGGGUCAGCUAUCUUCAAGUCCCAAAUACCACUUCCACUUUCGCUCGUUUGAACCGCUUUUCGUUCAGCAAAAUCACGAGAGCGCUAGAUACCUCUAAUCGCAACUGCACUUACCAGGGAACAUAUACAAGCGACCAACGCCUUUUUUCUCCGUAUAUACUUUGUUUAUUUAUUUGCCCAUCUAUCUAUAUAUCUCAGGAUCGCGGCUAGCAUCCAUCCAUGUUGCUCACCGUGAAACCUCCCCUGCACAACGGAAUCUUACCUCAUGAGUACGCUGCUUUGUCGUCGCCUUCCCCUCAGACCCAUCAGCGCCAUCACCAUCACCAUCACUCCUUGGCCUCGACCACUCGUUACAUCUCUCGUGCCUCGUCUCCUACCCCUUCUCCCCCUCCCGUUUCUGGUCUUCCUGCGCCAUCAAUCCGCUCCCCUUUGUCAGACGAGGCUAUGGACUCGUCCAACCGAAACUUACCACCAAUGUCCGGAACUCUUGCCCCUUCGGAGCGCGAUCUACCCGCAAUGGCUCCUAUGGGCACAUCCAUGUCUCAUCUACCAGCACCCCCUUCGCAAUGGCAGAAUACAGAUGAAUCAAUGCGCCAAUGGUUGCAAACAAAAGCAGAGGAGGAUCGCCGGAAACAAGAAGAGGAACGCACGCGCCAAGAAUGCUACCGGCUGGACCAGCGCAAAAUUGAGCAGUCAAUGCUUCGAGAGUCCCUCAAGGCCGGUGUGCCUCCCUAUAUGGUACCUCUGAUAUUUGCUAAUAUGGGCGGUGGAUGCAAUCUCCAAUGGACUCAGCAGCAUAUGUCUCAAAUGCACGGGUCUUCCACUCACCCGCUUAUUCCUUCUCACUCAAUGCCGCAACCUCAACCUCAACAGUAUUCACCACCUCAGCAGCAACAGCAGCAGCAACAACAACAACACGCUACCCCAACGCCUCAACCUACCCCUUCAUCAAGUGCUCAUCGUCAUCCUCCGCAGCCACAUCCUCAAAUUAUGCCACCCCCUUCUCUAACGCCAGUAGCCACUCAACAUGUCGCACCUGAAACUCCCUGGGAUUCCCGUAUGAUCCCCCCAAACCCAUAUGCUUCACAACCUCCACCACAUACAGGGGUAGGUCCGUCAUCGCAAUCUGCGCCUCCAUCACCAUCAUCCCAUGUUUCGUAUACACGUGCGCCAUCGUUGCGCCCGCCGAAUCAACCCCCGGGCCAACCAAGUUCCAAUGCUACCCCAUUGUCGCGCAUUAAUACGUCAGAAAUGCAUAUCCAACAACCACCGAACAACUCUUAUACCGCGGCUUCUCCAUCGGUUUCGGGACCCCCACAGCAGUCGCCAUCGCUAGCCAAAUCCGAUUCAGGAGCUCACUCGCAAUCGCAACGGCAAACUCAGUCAUCUCCAUCCAUCUACUUUCAUCAUUGGGUUCCGCCUGGUCAAUCACAACCAAAUACCCCAUCAAGCAAAAGUCCGAAUAAUUCACCGUACUCAUCAAAUCCCAAUUCCCAGCUUCGGUCUGAAUUCCAAAGUUCCCCGAGGAAACGAAAGGCGCAAUUCGUCCACCAAUCUGUCCCACCUCCAUCACGUUCCGACACAGUGACGUCUCAUACUUCACCGGACCGGAUGUCUCCACGAGGGAACGGACGGAGCAGUGGGCAUUUACGACAUCAGAAUCAAUCUCAACUGCAGAGUCAGGAGUCAAGACAUGGCGAUCUACUGGAGCCUGGCAGGCCUGGCGGGCAGAUGCACGUGACUUCAUUGGUGAGGAGCGCCGACGAGGGAGAUGGCAGGUCGACAUCAAGAGGAAGGUCAAAUUCAGAUCGAGAGAGUAAACGGGAACGGAGCAGUAGCCGUGCACAAAUUUCCGGUGACCGUAAUGGCAACAGUCACGGUAACUACGCUGGGAGGGGCUCACGAGACGACCCGCAGAGCGGACCUGGGGGAAGUCAUAAACAAUCGGCUUCCAGCAACAUGGUUCACUCUUCCUUCAGUACAUACGGCUCUAGCUACGGACAUGCCCGUGAAAGCACCGGGCCAUCUAAUUCGGUAUCCGGAGCCGAUACUAACAACUAUCGAUCCCCUUCAGACCGAUCACCUAUUAUUCACCCUCGAGAGGACCACCCACAACCAUCAUCGGCAAUAUAAUGUGAACGGCUAGCUUGUUCUAUUCUAUUUCCACUUUUGUUCUAUAACUAUUCUGUCUUAUCUAAAUUGCUCUCAUUUAACGGGGGUUUCAUUCUUUGUUGUUUUCAUAUGUCACUUUGGGCCAUAGAGCGAUUAUCAUUUUUUUGGGCUCUCAUGUCAUAUUUUAUGUAUCUUGCUUUUGGCUUCCACCUCUAUACAUUAGGAUGUGUCAGGCAUUUGUUAUAUGUGUGUGGUCAUUGCAUCGGAGCUGGAAAUUUUGCAAAUCUUACCCUCAUUUCUUUCAUCCCCAUCUUCAACUUUCAAAUUCUAUUUUCAUUCAUUCUCUUAAUUGUUCUCUCAUCAUUGCCCAUUUCGUAUGGGAUUCUUUUGUCUCCUUCGGUUACAAACAGUACGCAGGAUGAAGUGAGGAUUUCCAUCGAAAUUUCUUUCUACCUACGACAAACUCUUCAUAGCUAUACGUUUCUUUCCAUUUUGGUCAUCAUUGUAUUUUUAACAUCCCAAAAACGUUUCCUUGAUCUCUCCUCAGUGUUUAUUAACUUCUACAAUGAGUGCGCCCCUCUACAAAUAGAAGUGGAUGGGUUUCAUAAUCAUUUUUUUCUCUACAAUAAAUAAAUAAACAUGCAUAUUUCCGACGAAUAUGAUCCUGGAAGGGUAGAACAUAUUCCGAUAUCUAAAGAAGCAGAAUUGAAAGAUAGAAGGAGAUUUUGGAUUAAAACAAAAACAAUCGGAAAAAAGAAAUGCCCCCGGCCAGGAUCGAACUGGCGACCUUGAGAUCGCUAAGUAGUUU